GUAACACCGGUUUGUGGAUUGAUUUCACCCAUCUGCGAGUACUGCCACCGGCGGAUCGAUCAGUUCGACGAGAAUGCACAGCCGAAGGUGGUUGAGUUUGUGAUCAAGACAGAGCUGGAACCCGAACCACUCGACUAUGAUCCGCUCAACGUUGGCAACCUGAUCGAUCCGAUGGCUAUUGAUGUAAAAUCUGAACAUGAUUCGGAAGCGGAAAGUGACUACAGGGAAAAAUGCAUACAACGACGGGGAACAAGAAUAGUGAUCAAAAGUCCACCCCGCAGUAGAACGACACGCAGACGCCGGAGGUUGAAUUCCGGCUCCAGAAAGCUACAGAGAGGCAACAGCAAAGCCAGCGAAAAAGGGUCUUCCUCCGAUGAUAUAAGCUCAAAUGAAGGAGAGGAAGAAGAAGACAAUCUCUCCGAACAUUCCAGCGAAACACGGCGGCCUGUAAGAUCCUCACGCAUAUCCUCUCCGGAAGAGGAAAAGCCUAAAUCCAGCGACAGCGAAUCAGAGCUCGGCGAGGAGCCAGAGUUUGAGGAUGGCAAUGAGUCCGGCCUGGAGGAAGAAACCGACCCCGCAAGCCUUUCCGAGGAAGAGCCCAAAAAACGGGGACGUCCUAGGCGUGGUCAAACGGGGGCGAACAGGAAAAAACCGAAACGUGCAGAAUCUCCGAAGCAAUGUGAGGUGUGCGGCAAGCAGGUGCAGUAUAUGCGGGAACAUAUGCGCCUGCACCGGAUAGAGUCGCAGCACCCGUGCCCGCACUGUGAUCGAACGUUUGUGCAGGCAAACAAUCUAAAGUACCACAUAAGGAAACAUUUGGGCGAAAAGCCGUUCGCUUGCAAGCAGUGCAAGAAGCAGUUUUACUGUGAAGCACACCUCAAGUCGCACAUGCGAGUGCACGGGCCGCAAGGGCUGUUUCAGUGUACCAUGUGCCCGAAAAGCUUCAACCAGGAGUGUAAUCUGAAGAAGCAUCUGCGGGUGCAUACGGGCGAGAAGCCGUACGUGUGUGACAAGUGUGGGAAGCGGUUUAACAGCACUUCCAAUUUGAGGAAUCACGCACGAUUGCAUUCGGACGAGCGGCCGCUGACGUGUGAUCACUGUUCGAAAAGCUUCGUCGAUGUGCAUCAUCUGCAGCGACAUAUACGGGUGCAUACGGGAGAAAGACCGUACAUUUGCCAUGUGUGUUUCCAAGCCUACUACUGCCAGACCGGUCUGAUGGACCACCUGAAGACGCACAUCGAGAAAAAGUCUUUCAAGCUAGAUUAGCUAAAGAGAAUCAAUUGCAGCUUGCUUUGAUCACGUUUGGUAGAACGUGUAGCGCGAUUCAUCGGGGGAAUGUGCCAAUAUUUAGGUGAUGAAGAAACACACCUCAGGAAUAUCUGAUGAAUGCGGAUAGCAAAAACUUUCAAUAGUCGGAUUAAAAGAGAAACUUCCAAGAUGACAGCAGGAUCAGCAGGAGGUGAUCCUGCUGUUUAAUGCUGCUUCCCUACCUCAUUAAACACCUAAACCUAGAACAGACACACGAGCAGAAGUAGGAGGAAGGAAGCAGCAACAACAUCAAGCAGCAAAAGUGCAACAAAUCAACUGACAACGGAUGAUCCUUUCUCGAAUAAUCUUGUGGAUGCUGGUUGCGGAUUUGUUGGAUGAAAUCUCACUCUACGGUAGAACCUCCUGGAAGCAGUAGAUCGUCACGCACCAUCAGCAUAAGGUUGAGAGCGUUGAUCAUGCUGCAGAUACUUACUUACUUACUUAUCAGGCGCUACAACCGCUUGGCGGUCGAUAUCGCUCACGGUUUAACGCCGUCGUCUGCCAAUCCGUUAUCCCGGCUCUUCUGGCGAACGCAGCAACGCCAUCACUCCAUCUCAAUUAGGGCCUAUCACGCCUCCUCUGUCCGUGUGGACGGCCUUAAAGGACUUUACGGGCUGGGUCGUCCGGUAUCAUUCUCAUAACGUGACCAGCCCACCGGCCGCCUGGCGAGUCUAAUUCGCUGCACGAUGGUGAGAUCAUCAUACAGCUCGUAGAGCUCGUCAUUGUAGCGGCUCCUUCUUCUGAGCAUCUUCCUCUCGAACGCGGCUAAGAGGGCUUCGUCAGUUUUGGACAGAGUCCAUGUCUCAGAGCCGUAUGUGAGUACUGGGACUAUAACAUGCUGCCGAAAUCGGUAGUAUUUAUUCGGAAAGCUGGGCAAAGAUCUCGAAAUGGUAGAGGAGUUGUGCUUCCUUGGUAUUGCUCGUAACUUCGAGUAACAACGCAAGCAACUGAUAGAUCCGGAAGUCCUCUUGUGCGCUAUUCUCUCCAAGGUCUCCAAACCAGUAGCUAGGCAUCCUUCCAAAUGCUUGGCUUCAUCGAUGACAUCGAUCAAAAAAGGACAUACAUCUGGGACAAUGAAUACCCGAAGCGAAAACCUAGCGAAAUAUGUACAGGUAUUAGAGUUGGCGAUAUACAAAGCGCCUGUAUGGCGAGAUGCGGCGCCAAUCGUGCAUCGCAUGUUAAGAAUACGGAUAAAAUUAAGUCACAACGUGGCCAAGCUAAACGAUUGCGCUGUGAAACAACAGCAAACAGGGAAGCAAGCCCAUUGCGUGCCACAGUAGUCUGCACGCGUCUUCCUACGAGCGGUCAGCGAACCUGAGCUGCUGUUCGAACACGAACAUGAACAAAGAUCGAUAGGGCUAUAUUUAAAGACACCCGCGAGUUCUAGCUUUUACAUCACAGUUCGAGUUGAUCCACAGCUCAAAGCAGUUCUUCCAAACACAUCCCCGAAGUACGAAAACACCUGAACACAAUGAUCACACUAACGCUGGCUGCACUGGCACUGAUCCUGCUGGUAGCAUUUCUACUGAAGGAACUAUGGCGGCCAGCGAACUAUCCUCCAGGACCCCGAUGGCUACCGAUCGUCGGCAACACUCCGCUAGUGCGCAAGAUGGCGGCCAAGCAUGGUGGACUAUUGGCGAACGUGUUCGAUAAACUGUCGGAAUCGUAUCGAAGCAGCGUGAUUGGACUGAAGCUUGGUCGGGAACGCGUUGUCGUUGGGCUGGGAUACGAUGAGGUGAAGGACAUUCUGUGCAAUGAAGCGUUUCAGGGCCGUCCGGACAAUUUCUUCAUCCGACUGCGCACGUUGGGAACGAGAUUGGGCAUCACUUGUACGGAUGGUGCAUUCUGGAACGAGCAGAGAAGCUUCGUCACUCGGCAUCUGCGUAACGUCGGCUACGGACGGCAGGCAAUGCACGCUCAGAUUCAAACGGAGCUAAACGAACUGCUGGAUGUGCUCGAAAACCGAAUGGAACAACCAAUCUGGCCUGGAUCGAUUCUCGCGAUCAGCGUGAUCAAUGUGCUCUGGACGAUCGUAACCGGUUCCCGCGUUCCGCGAGAAGAUGAUCGUUUGCAGUGCCUACUCCAGCUGCUUCGGGAACGUUCGAAAGCUUUCGACAUGUCCGGUGGCACCCUGAACCAACUGCCCUGGCUACGGUUUAUCGCACCCGAAUGGAGUGGGUACAAUCUGGUGCGACGCUUCAACAAACAGCUGACGGAAUUCUUCACUCCAACGAUCGAGCAGCAUCACGAGAACUUCUCCGCCGAUAAAGCGGUGGACGAUCUCAUCUAUGCGUACAUUAAGGAGAUGCGCGAUCGCAAGGAUUCCAACCCCGAGUCCAACUUUACCGACGUGCAGCUGACGAUGAUCAUACUGGACAUCUUUAUCGCCGGUGGGCAAACUACGAGCACGACGCUCGAUCUUGCCCUCAUGAUGAUGCUCGUCCGUCCGGAUGUGCAGGAAAAGGUGCACGAAGAGCUCGAUGCUCAGCUAACCUUCGGCACGAUGCCCCACUAUGAGGAUCGUGUGAAGCUUCCGUACGUGGAGGCGUUCCUGCUCGAAGUGCAUCGUUUCUUUAGCAUUGCGCCGGUGAAUGGACCGCGGCGUGCGAUCACGGAUUGCGCGCUCGGGGGCUAUCGUGUGCCGAAGAAUACGACCGUUUUAAUGGGACUGCGCAACGUGCACAUGGACCCGGCGCAUUGGGGCGAUCCGGAAGUGUUUCGUCCGGAACGGUUCCUCGACGAGGAACGGCAGAUCGUUAACACGGAACGGGUGCUAGCGUUUGGCCAGGGCAAGCGUAGAUGUCUCGGUGAAACAUUGGCCCGGUCCUGUCUGUUUACGUUCUUUGUGGGGAUUAUGCAGCGGUUCUGUCUCGUCGGACCGAGCGAUGACGGGGAGGACGCCGAUAUGGCACCAUCCAUGACACUCAGGCCGGGAAUAACGCUCUCGGCGAAACCUUACAAUGUGGUGUUUCAACCGAGAAAGCGCAAUGAGAGGAACUCACAGCAAAAGUGAUUAAGACGAUAGAAAUGUUUGUAUGAGGAAAGCGAACAAAGGUGGGAAGGUUAAUUAUUUUAAAUAAAUCUGACAAGCGUAAUUAAAAGUCAUAAUAAAAACGGAAAUUAUUUAGU